AUGAGGUGUAGUCAGAAAGUGUGAUUUGGAAAGGGAGGGAUGGAUGAAAGAGAGUGAGAGAGUGAAAGGGGGAGGGAUGAAGAAGGUGAGAUUGUGCUCAGACUCAUUCUGCAUAGCCGAAGAGAGAGGGGAGAGAGAGAGAGCUGCUAGUUCAGCGCUGUUAGCUGCAGUCUCUGCCUCGUUGUACUGAGGGUUUCAGCCAUGCUGUUUGCUCUGCCCAGACUUGCUGUGUUCAUUUCUGCAGUGCUGUUUAAUGGUGUUGUGGUCCAGGCAAGUACACACACGGAUCUUGAUCCAGGUUUCUUCCAGUGUCAAGAGUGUUUUUUCAGAGGCACACCUCCACACUUAUUGUCUGAGCUGGGUUUGGAGCAGAGGUGUCACAGACAUCUGACCGGACGGCCUUUUGCAUCGCUCUAUAACACCAACUGCCAAACCACCGUCUAUACAGCCCUUCACUUCAGCUUGAAUAAUGGAUGGGGCAGAGAAGAGCAGAGCACGGAUGCCAAAGAAGAGCUCAAUGAUGACUCCCCUGUGGCCAUCCCAGCUCUUUACAGAGGAACCACAAAUGAGACCCCAUCACCCCAUUAUAGCUACCCUCUUCUGAAAUGGGAUGCCCUGACAGCAGAGUUUAUACGGAGCUCCGUCAUACCAAUGUGUUCAAAGACAAGCGGAGAAAUGUAUGUGCAGAUUGGUGUGGGUGGGUUUAAUGAGUGCAGGGGGAAACUGUUGUGGUCAGCAGUGUGCUGUGCUGCAUCAGAUGGAGAUGGUAGUUUCAGUGUUGGGCUAGUAAAGGAUGGGGACGUGAAGGUGCUCAGCAUUAAGGCUUUGGAGGAGCUAAUAGGAGUUACAGGUCUGUUUUCAGGAGGUUGUGGUGAAGUAGGACAUCAGAGCGAAGAGGAACUUGCAUCGCUCUUGAAAAAGCAACUGAAUGGCAUCAAAACACCCAACUCUGAUGUGCAAAGGGAAGAACACAUUGGCGAACACAACUCUCAGGAAGCAGAGACAUCAGAAUCAGGAAUAGAGAUAGUGACUUCGGAGCAUGUUAAUGGUGAAGCUCCAAGCUACAUAUCUUCUUUGAGCUCAGACAUGGACAUUCAGGAGAGCACCAAUGAGAUGGAGAGAUCAGAGUCUGUCCUCCUCUAUGUUUUGUCUUCCACCGUCUCUCUCCUUUAUGCCCCUUUCUCCCCGAUCGUAAACAGAGCCAUUAACCUUCCCUUCCAGCUAACCUACAUUCUUCAGGAAGAUCUGGCUGUUCUGGCCUCUGUGCCUGGUGACAGCUACACUUUGGUCAACAACUUGGGCUCAGGAGUGUCUUCUGGCAUUUCAUGCGUGUUGAACAUCUUGUACCAGACAGGAGAAACAAGUGUGUGCACGGCUUACUCCUGCCUCAGUCCGUUAGCCGGCAGCCUGUUCAUGGCGUUCCAGGAGGGAUUUAUAGGGAUGGGCACUCUGGCAUUGGAUUCCUUGGGGAUCAUGACAGGAACGGUGGGGAAUGGAUUUAGGAUCAUCAGGAUGACACUCGGGUCAGUCUGGGAUCAGAUGGUUGAUUACCUAUGUGCCGUAUCCUCAGAAAUGGGCCACCAGGUGUCAACAGUGGGAAGUGGGGUUGGCAAACUUACCUGGAGAAGUGGAAGGGGGGUGGGCCAGCUGCUCAAAAUUGUGGCAUCCAUCAUCGGUGGAGUAGUGGAUAGUACAAUAUCCAAUGUCCAGGAGGCUUUUGGAGGGAGCUCAGGGGAAUCAUCUGAAUUGCAAACACCUGAAUUGCUCAAAUCUGAAGUGAUCGGUGAAUAGACUUAAAUGCAUGUUUAUGCUUGUGUUAGAUACCUUAUUUGCAUAUUACACCCCAAAUAGAGUGCAUAAGUUCCCUCCCACUUUUUUCAGCGACCUUGGUUCCGUAAGUAUUUUUCCUAUAUUUUCCCAUAGAGAAGUCUUUGUUAAAGAGUUAUAAGUCAUAAAACCAAACCAACUAUGAGGUGAAUCAUAACAUUACAAACUUUGAUUUAAAGAAAAGGUAUUUGAAAAUCUGACUAAAAAGUACAAGACUGUAUACUUAACAUAUAUUUUACAUUUAUUGCGAUAUAUGCAUAUAUGUGCAAAUUAUGUCAUUCGCAGUGUUUCAUGGAGGUGGGCAGCCAAAUGGUGCAAUUUUCUUGGUUCAGUUAUCUGAAUGGUGGAGAUUUCUCUGCAGAAUCUUAAUGUAGUUUUUCACCAUGAAUUCCACAGUUGGAAUUGAUCCUUUAAAAAUUAAGUAGAAACAAUGCACACUAAUGGCUUCAGCAAAGGCAUAAAUGAUAUUGAUUAACAAUCUUGUAGCUCACAGUAGGCCUGUCUUUAAAAAAAUUUACACGUUAUUGUUAAAAUCAAUCCCUCUAUGGAGAUACUGAAUGGGAUUUUUACUUCCAGAACCUGACCUAUGCACUCUGUAGAGUCAGACUGCGCACUGAAUAUUAACCAUAUGGCAUGUGGUUAUGAAUCAUGAAACCUCUGUUUUAAUU